CGGUGUAGUACUUCACAUUCACUUGCUCAGAGCUGGAUUGUUGCGUUUCGCUUCGCAAGCAGGAGUUUUUGGCGAGAGGUGAACAUGUCUGGUCGUGGAAAGCAGGGCGGCAAAGUGCGGGCAAAGGCUAAAUCUCGGUCCUCCCGCGCGGGCCUCCAGUUCCCGGUCGGUCGAGUACACAGACUGCUGCGCAAAGGUAACUACGCGGAGCGAGUAGGCGCUGGGGCACCCGUGUACCUGGCGGCGGUGUUGGAGUACUUGACAGCGGAGAUCCUGGAGUUGGCUGGAAAUGCCGCUCGUGACAACAAGAAGACCAGAAUAAUCCCUCGCCACCUGCAACUCGCCAUCCGCAACGACGAGGAGCUAAACAAGCUGUUGGGGAAAGUCACCAUUGCUCAGGGCGGCGUCCUGCCCAACAUCCAGGCCGUGCUGCUGCCCAAGAAGACGGAGAGUCAAAAGGCGAAGAGCAAGUGAUCCUGACGCCACCACAGGGGAGCUGGCUUUCCCAGCAAAGGCUCUUUUCAUAACCGCCCGCAGUAUUUUUCAAUAUACUCGAUGUCAUGGAAGGCUGGCGAGAUAUAGUGGGGAGGUGGGCGGCGAGGGGCCCUCCAAGUCCAGGGCCAAUAAAGUCGGUGAAAAUCGU